GAAGGACCCAGACCUUUAAUCCUGUUUCGCAGCGGGUUUUGCAGAGGAGCGGCUGCAGCAGCCUGGAAAUGACCAUGGAGAAAAUUCUGAAGGCAGAGCUGAACACCAACAUUCUGAAGGCACUGGGGAGCUCGGGGGGAGGAUGCAUCAGCCAAGGCCAAACAUAUGAGACAGACAGCGGACGGGUAUUUGUGAAAAUCAACCACAAACCUCAGGCUAGAAAAAUGUUUGAAGGGGAAAUGGCAAGUUUGGAAGCAAUUCAUAAMACCAAGAUUAUUAGAGUGCCUCAGCCCAUUAAAGUGAUUGACCUGCCUGGAGGAGGAGCCAUGUUUGCCAUGGAGUACCUAAAGAUGAAGCACCUCAACAAAUAUUCUUCAAAGCUGGGAGAGCAGAUAGCAGAGCUUCAUCUUUAUAACCAGAAACUUGGAGAGAAGCUGAAAGCUGAGGGAAGCACGAUUGGAAAAGGAGCUGGUCACUCUGAUUCCCAGUUUGUGGAUCAGUUUGGAUUCCACACAGCCACUUGCUGUGGUUAUAUCCCACAGGUGAAUGAGUGGCAGAGUGACUGGCCAUCCUUCUUUAUCCGUCACCGACUCCAGGCUCAGCUGGAUUUGAUUGAAAAAGAUUAUGGAGACAGAGAAGCCAGAGAACUCUGGUCACAGCUAAAACCAAAGAUUCCUGAAAUGUUCUGUGAUGUAGAAAUUGUUCCUGCUCUCCUGCAYGGGGAUCUGUGGGCAGGGAAUGUGGCUGAGGAUGACUCCGGGCCGAUUAUCUUUGACCCUGCUUCCUUCUAUGGCCAUUCAGAAUUUGAACUGGCCAUUGCUGGAAUGUUYGGGGGGUUCAGCAGCUCUUUUUUCUCUGCCUAUCACAGUAAAAUACCCAAAGCUCCAGGAUUCGAGAAACGAAACAAAUUGUAUCAGCUCUUUAAUUACAUUAACCACUGGAACCAUUUUGGGACAGGGUACAGGGGCUCUACCCUAAACAUGAUGAAGAAACUUCUAAAGUAAACACACACAUUUGAGAAAUUCUGACAUAGUUUCUUAGGAAUAAGCAUUCCAAGUACCACAAACUCAGAACUAAUGGUAAAACACCUGAUAUGGAGAAGGCUUAGUGCACUUUUGAGCCUCACUAAUUAAGAGCAAUUGUGUAAUCUUGACUUGGGCACUAGUUUCCCAGCAKAGAUUCCUUCCCUGCUGAAGGAAAGGACUGCAUUGUUUGUCAAGGCUCUGUUGGGUUAGAAAGGCAGCACAGCAGUCAGCCUGACCUUGUUCUCACGCCUCAUAGCUGCUGUGUUCCCACAGUUGUUCCACAGCAUCUUCCCACUCCUGCUGCUACUCUAUCAGCAGUUUGUUAUGGAAAGCUGCAGUUGUGGGAUAGUGGUGCUAGAAGGAAUAAGUUCUUAUGUUCACUUGUUUGUUCUGGGUUAGUGUUGUGUCUGUUCCCAGCCCUUUUCCCAUGAAUAUUUCUAUAGUCUUCUGUUUCCCUUUCCUUUACUUUUGUAUGUCAAAUGUUCUAGUCCAAAAUUUCUGUCAGAUUCUAGAAAUAUGAAAACAUUGUCUUUUAAAUUUAAUUAGCAGACAAGGCCCUUCAGCUGCACUUGRCAAACAUAUGUAAUUAAUAAUAUUUCUAAUAUUUAUUUUAAUUUAAUGUAAUUUACUYACAUUUGUUUUUCUGUUGCUAUAAGAACUGAAAUUCCAGUGGUAUUUAUUGAAAGGAUGUCUAGUUCCUUGGUAAUUAAUUGUAUAGUCAAAAGUAGGCUGUUAUGACUCAAAUUUGAUAAUACUAUUUCAUAGUUUUAGUGUGAUAUUUCAGUGUGUUGUGCUACAGUAGUAACAUAUUCAACUAACUUUGUACAGAGACAGCAAAGUGUGGGAGGGUGGCUCAAUGGCUGGGUGAGAAGAAGCACCUGUCGCUGCUGGGUUGGUUGGUGCUUGAUKUAUUUUCAGUUUUAGAAAAUGAGUGCAGUGGGCAAAGCUGGUCUGUUGUAUCACCACUGUGUUGUGAAGGAACAGUGUCAAAUCUCAUGGAUUUAUAAUAAUUUAUAUUAUUGUUCCUUGCUGCUUUAUUUUUACAGAAAACACAGGCAGUGGGAAUUUGGGGAGAAAACUGCUCAGUAAAGAUACUGGUGUUCAAUCUGAACUAGAGUACAUUGGUAAAUCUGUGUGUGAGGUUUUAAUAGAAGAAAGUGGCAGAGAGUCAUAAAGUAAGUGCAGUGCACAUAUACGUACACAAAUUAGAAGAUUUGGGUAAGAAUGACCUUACCAUUUAGACUUCAGAUGACUUGCAUGGCUAAUAAUAAAAUAUUAUAUUCAAAAGUGCUCAAAUAUGUUUAGACUKCUUUCAUCUUAAUAUAGUUGUGCAAUAAAGAUUUAAUAAAAUUAAAAAUUUGGUGUUAUAAUUGGUUUAAAACAAUGCACUUUAUUAUCUGUAAAUAUGAUAUAAAUAGUGAAGAAAAGUUUUACUUCCUUUGAAUCAGGGGAAUCUGUCAUGGUUGGUUAUAAAACUUUAAAGAACUAUAACAGUGGGAAAGUGGAACAGUAGAGUUAKAGCACAGUUGGAAUUGUAGCUGAUGGCUGGAAGAUCUAGGUCUAGGAAACAGCAAAGUGCAUGUUCACUGGUGUUUAUGGAUGUGAACAAACCGACAAAACUGUAUCACACUGGGAAGUACCUGUGAAUUCAAACUUCUCUAAUAAAGCACUUGCCUUGCAGAAA